AUGGGUGACGAUGCUACGGUUAGCGACGAGCAAGCGGUGAGGCUCAAGACGGCCCAUCGGCACUCGACCACGGUGCAGCCAGCUGCCUGGCUCGGCUCUCAGCAGAAAACCAAACAACGAUUACAUCCCAGCACAACAGAACAACACAGCACGAGAUAUAACAAAGCCACCACCAUCAAGAACAAGCAUCACACUUAUCACACACACAUGAGCUCGGCUUUCCCCGGCGGCCGCUGGCGCUACCCAUACUACUACACGCUGCAAGACCCCAACAACGGCGGCGGCUUCUUCCCAGACCGCAUGUACUCGCACAUGCCCGGCGCCCUGCGCGGCGAAACACGGUAUAACCACGUGCUUGGCUUCGGCUCGCGAGACUGGAGCUACACCGACCAAGGGCGCUAUGGCCGGUUUGAGCCCUACGACACCAGGGGCCCCGAGCGACUGAGGCGCGGUUGGUGGGAGUACUAG